AUGUUGCCAAUAAAAUACAGGGCGCAGAAGGACCAUCUACCAGCCGAGCACAAGAACACCGAAGUGCUAUAUGCCAUCAAGGCCCUGAAAAAAGAACACGUUUUGGAAAAGGGCAAUUUGGACAGUGUCUUCCAUGAGAAGGAAAUCCUCCAGACGGUAAGUUCUUCUAACCACCCGUUCCUGGUGUCAUUACAUGGAACCUUCCAGACGGCGUCUCACCUGUUCUACGUCAUGGAAUAUCUACCUGGAGGUGACAUGUUUGACUUCAUAAGAUCAGUGGAACUAGAAGAACCGGACGUCAUGUUUUACACCGCAUGCGUUGUCCUUGGCCUGGAGGCAUUACAUCAGCUUGGCAUUGUCCAUAGAGAUCUAAAGCUGGAGAAUUUGCUGUUGGACCGGGAUGGCUACCUUAAGAUCGUAGACUUCGGCCUCAGCAAAGACAGAUUUGGAUACAGCGACCGCACGAACACCGUGUGCGGAACAAGAACAUACAUGGCCCCUGAGAUCUAUCUGAAACUUGGAUACGGCAUGGCCGCUGACUGGUGGGCCCUAGGAAUUACUGUUUACAUCAUGCUCCUGUAUGAGGUAAGCACAAUUCCUAUAUUAUCAACUUACAUUGGGGAAUCAUUGCCAUUGGUGUUUUAUAAUGUGACUAAACAUAGUGUAAUAAUAUUAUUUAUAUAUACGUAUAACACUCAUUAUAAUCUCAAUAUUUACAAGCAUAACUACCUAUACUCUCAGAAAUAAUAUAGCAUGAAUAUUACUCUGUUUGGCUUCCCCUUAUCAUUUAUAUAAGAAAUACCCCCAUGGCGCUGUACUAAGAAAUGGUAUCUGUAUGACCAGCUGCACAUGAGAGAUGUAGUUCAGUAAAAAAUCUUUUAGUUGUUUCACUAAAGGAAUAAUUAUUCACUUUCUCAGUUACCAUUCAACAACAAGGAUCCGGUUGAGCAAAUGAGUAGCAUCCUUUAUGAUAACAUCGAGCUGCCGGAAGACCUAUCAGAGGAUGCCUGUACUCUAAUACAAAACGUAAGUUGGAAAAUUGCUUGUAUUUCCUGGGUGGACACUUUCCCAAUAGAAUAAUAAAAUAGACAUAAGAAUUAAAACAUUAAUGAUUUAACAACAAUGUUUGAUUUAUUUUUUGUAGCUGUUAGAGAAAGAUCCUGAAUUUCGCCUCGGUUCGGGUGACGCCGGGGCAGAAAUGAUUAAAGAGCACCCCUUCUUUAAAGUAAGUUUCUAUUCCAUUCCUUUUGAUUUACAGACAGAAAAGCACUAAUGAAUAUUGAUAAAUUCUUCAUGUUUAAUGUAAUUGUAGCUUUACUUUUCCGUACUUUUUGGACCAGAUACUCAUUGUGAAAUAUCACCUAUCUUUUAGGAUAUGGACUGGGACCAUCUGUUGCAGAGAAGGAUUACGGCUCCAUAUGUACUGGGCAACGAAGACCUGGAGAGCCAAGAGAACCCUGGAUGCCAAGCUCCAGCACUGCCACCAACUGCUGCAAGGAUUCCAUCAGAGCUGCAAGAGGCAUUCAGAGGAUUCUGAAAGAACAACAAUAACACCUGAAUGAACAUCUGAUAAGUAGACGGAAUAGAUGGGGAGGGUGGAGGGCCAGUCCAUAUCCAUAUAAGAAGUCCAUUCAUAUAAAGUGAUGCUCGGGUGUCCCACCUCAAUAAGUUCUGAGUAGGCUAAUAUAGGAAUAGUCUUCUCACACUUUGUAGAAUAUUCUAAAACCUCACCUGUAUAACAGACAAGUAAGUUUUAGUGUAAGGUGAGAAACAAACAGUGUAUUUUCACACCAACAGCUGACACUGUAACAUCCUGCCUGGUAGAAUUUAAAUUUUCUGCAGCACUGAAUGGGCAGGAGGGAAAACAGGACCAGAUGAUCCAUACCACUUUUUCUUCUAAAAUGUCUUUUCUCUCCAUUUAGACUCCUGUUCAUAACCCUGGCUCUGGGUUAGAUACAUCAGUAACUCUUAAACUUUCCAGGGGAUUUAUUUCUUCUUUAUCUGGUGCACAUCCACUCCUGUGGUCUUAGGCCUACCCUGGUUAAGAUUAUAUAACCCACAUAUUAAUUGGGAUUAAGGGUUUAACUACAGAGCAAGCAGACCAUAAGGUUGCAGAGGGCCAAGUAAAGUCCUAAUUAAUGAACAAUCUUUAUAUAUCUUGGUAGAAAAAGUUAUAUUAUAAAUUAUGGAUAGCACUGGGUUGCAGCCGAUUGAGGUGUCAGGUAAAUUACAGGGCCUCUACAAAUUUGUGGCACGUGAUGAUCAUGAUAAUUCAUCUUGCCUACUGAUGAGUUCAUCUCUCCUUCUGAUGCCACAAAGUUAUUUUUUCUACUGACACCUCAUUAGCUGCCCUUGCUAUCUGUUUUUUUGGACAAUAUUUCAGAUUUUGCUAGUUUAUUAGGUCUCCCUGAAAUCUUUUCUUAGUAUGGGCUCCAGAUUUUUUGUAAAGUGAUUUUUGCAUGUUUAGGGUGUUUACUUGCAGUUGAAAAUAGUUAUGGUUUGCUGAUAGAUGGGACAGUUUGCAUUUCAAUACAAAUCAACUAUUAUCUAACUAUUAUCUACUUAUCAACUCAAUUCAAUGCUAAUUGUAGUCUUUCUAUCUAUUAUGGAUAUUAAUUAGUACUGAGCUGAAGGCAUAACAGUGAAAGGAACAGGGAACUCGAGAUAAACAGGGAACUUGAUUGAACUGACAAUGUACUGAGGCUAUCUUUAUUUUUGGGGCGUCAGAUCAUAGUGGGGAACAGGUAAAUUACCUUGGGGGCUGUAUCAAGCCUGCGGACCGUAGUUUGGGGAUGCCUGGCUUCCAUUAACAGCGAGCGUGACCAUACUUGGCGUCACCUCUUUGGCUAAUGCAAACUUUAUUGUUAGCAUCUCAAAUGCUCACAACUCCAUGCAGAUGAAAUGAAAGGGCCGAAAGAUGCUCAACUAAAUAAAUAAAAGUAAGUAGAAUAUAUUUGGGGCUAAAUUGG